AUGGAGAGCGGGCUGGUGUUCGAAACUUCGGAGGAGUGCCGCGUGGUGCCCACGUUCGCGGCGAUGGCGCUGAAGGAGGAGCUGCUGCGGGGCGUCUACGCGUACGGCUUCGAGCGGCCCUCGGCGGUGCAGCAGCGCGCAGUGUCUCCAAUUCUGGAGGGGCGAGACGUGAUCGUGCAGUCGCAGUCGGGGACGGGAAAGACCUGCGUGUUCUGCCUCGGCGCGCUGCAGUGUAUAGACACCCGGACGCGCGACCCGCAGGCCCUGCUGCUCGCGCCCACCCGCGAACUCGCGGAACAGACGCAGAAGGUGUGUCUGGCGCUGGGGGACUACUUGGCGGUGCAGGUGCUGUGCUGCGUGGGCGGGAGGAGACUGGGGGACGACGUGCGGGCGCUGGAGGCGGGCGUGCACAUUGUCUCCGGCACGCCCGGCAGGGUCUUCCACUUGAUUGGAGACAGACACUUCUCCACGCGCCACUUGAAGAUGCUGGUUCUGGACGAGGCCGACGAGAUGCUCAGCCGCGGCUUCAAGCAGCAGGUCUACGACAUUUACCGCUACUUGCCGCCGGCCACGCAGGUGGUGCUCAUAUCUGCCACCAUGCCCCACGAGGUCCUCGAGAUGACGACCAAGUUCAUGUCCAACCCCUUCAGGGUUUUGGUCAAGAGAGACGAGUUGACUCUGGAGGGAAUCAAACAGUUCUUCGUGGCUGUCGAAAGGGAACACUGGAAGUUCGAAACCCUCACGGACCUUUACGACACUCUCACCAUCACCCAGGCGGUUGUUUUCUGCAACACCAAAACCAAGGUCGAGUGGCUCGCCCAGAAGCUCAAGGAGGCCAACUUCACCGUUAGCCGCAUUCACGGAGACAUGCCUCAAAAAGAAAGAGACGAAAUUAUGAAAGAAUUCAGAGAAGGCCAAAGUAGGGUUUUGAUUGCCACGGACGUUUGGGGCAGAGGGCUCGACGUCCAGCAGGUGUCGCUGGUUAUAAAUUACGAUCUCCCGAACAGUCGUGAGCUGUACAUACACCGCAUUGGCCGUUCGGGACGAUACGGAAGAAAGGGUGUUGCCAUUAACUUUGUUAAGAAUGACGACAUCCGCAUCUUAAGAGAUAUUGAGCAGUACUAUGCUACGCAAAUUGAUGAAAUGCCAAUGAAUGUGGCAGAUCUCAUCUAA